AUGGCAGCUCAAAAACUGCCUGAUAAAGGAUCAUCUACUAUAACGUCUGAUCCUGGAAUACCAGGGCAUGGCCCAUUUAAAACCUACUGGAAAUAUCGUAUUCACCCUCUAGCAAAUAUUCAGUCACUUUCGCUCCCAGAGAGCACGGACUUUGCUAUUGUUGGUUCUGGAAUCACUGGCCUUGGAGUUUGUAAAACAUUACUUGAGACAUGUCCCACAAAAACAGUGACAGUAUUGGAAGCCUGUUCGUUAUGUUCAGGUGCGACCGGAAGCGAUUGCGGCCUGUUUAGUGUCAACACAGGAGAGACAUAUAUAAGUCUCGCUCGGCUUCAUGGAGCACAGACUGCAGGGGAUAUUAUCCGAUUCAAUUUCCGGAACCUGCAACAAUUGGCAGAAUUCGCCUCCCGCCAUAAAGAGAGUGAGCCUGUAUAUGAAGAAAGGUCGGUAUUGCGGGUAUUUUUCGACAGUCGGAGUUUUGAGGCCGCAAGGAAGAGUAUUAUGCAGCUGGAAGAGGAUCACCAUUCAUUAAGGGAUAUUUUCACCAUUGUUGAUGCCCGGACGGUUGAGAAUUGCUACGGUGUCUAUGGCGCGGUUGGCGGCAUGAAAUUCCCCGGUGGAAUAAUAAGGCCAUAUCCAUUGGUGACCGAAACUUUUAGAGAGCUUGUCGCAGCACAUGGUCGUCGGUUCUCCUUGGAGACCUAUACACCGGUAUUGUCGGUCACAUUUGAGCCACAGUCCAAUCCUUCACAUCCAUAUUGUAUCAACACCCCCCGGGGAGCCCUCCGUGCUGCGACAGUCGCUUAUUGCAUCAAUGCCUAUUCUCAGCACCUCAUACCUGGAGUGGACGGGCUGAUUACCCCCCAGAAAUUCACGAUGACAGUGCAGGACCCAGACCGUUGUAUGCGCAGAGGUAGUUUCGCUCUGUCAUGGGGUUCACUUUCUCCGACUGUGCAUAACCAAAAAAACCGGGAUUGGUCUAAUACUCUGCAUUAUUUGCUACAGAGUGCAAAAACCGGAUAUAUGUAUUUCGGCUGUGCGGACGUCUGUCCGUACGUGUGUAUUUCCUCUGCCAAUAACAACACAGCCGACCAUCACUCGGUUUUCCUAUUGCAGGAGAAACUCUCUUGUUUGCUCCGGAAAGUCAGACUUCCAAAAUGGCCCCUUGUGAGUGUCUGGUCGGGGCUCAUGGGUUGCUCAUUUGAUGGUCUUCCAAUAGUGGGGAAGUUGCCCUCCUCGUUGACACAGCGUGAUAGCGACAGCGAAUGGAUUGCAGCCGCAUUUAAUGGUUACGGGAUGGCCAACUGCCUGCUGUCCGGAGAAGCACUGGCACGGAUGAUGGUUGGUGAGGAUGUGAGCAGUUGGUUCCCGGAGGCCUACCGCAUCUCUUACAGGAGGUUUAACAAUUUGUGGGUGUAA